UGCAGCCCGGACCACCAAAAAACAUGCCGAUCGAACCAUAUUACCAUAAAAAGGAAAAAAAAAGAAAACGAUGCAGUUCAUUUGAUUACGCAAUUGAUGCAGUAAAUCACGGGCGUGGGCCGCAUGGCGCUGGUGCAUGCCAUCUUUUGUUCACGCGUGGCGCUGGUGCAUGUCCUCUCGUCGUUGAGAUGGCGAUCGGCGCAACGAUGCCCGGUGGGUCGAGAAACAGCGGCGGAGCGGAGGCCGGCGCCGGCGGGCGGACCGCGGAUGGAGCAUAACCAGCAGGCCGGCAGGCGGAGGCGGCAGACGGCAGACGGCAGACGGCAGACAAGCAGUCCGCGUGACCGCAUCGUGCGACACUGCCCGACCGGCGACCGCCGCGUUCGCGCGACGGUGCGAGUUGCAUCCGCGCUCGCCAAGCGUCGGCCCCGCCAGUGGCCGGUGACGGGUUGUCGUCGAGGCGGUCAAAGUCCAGCAAAAUCUUCAAAUAUGAAGAAAGACGGAGAUGAUCAAACACAAAGAAAGAUGGGCUUAAAAAAAAACAUGAAGAAAGAUCGUCCAACAAAAAGUUUCGUGAACUCAUCGUCUUUAACUACAAGUCGACAACUCCGAUGGUUUGGCUGCGCAGGUCGCAAACCAGUUGCUGAGAGGCAACUGUUGUUGAGUAACCGAAGUGACUGCAAGGCCGCAAUGGACGAUGAUCCCACCUCCAUCAACUAUGAGUUGAGGACUAUGGGGAUGCGCCGUGUUGACACCGAUGAGUUUGAUGAGGAAAGUGUGCAGGUGUUCAACAAUACUUCCUCCAAUUUGUUCUAUGUGCAUGGCAACGACGAUCUCGGACAUUGUCGUUCAACUUUAGCACCAACAACAAGAGGAGCAAGUCCUCUUAGGAUUGCAUUGUCUGGAUCUUUUUGCAAAGUAUGAACACAAGUUUGAUGCUGUGAGAUUGGAAAUGGACAAAAUUCCAAACCCUUCCAAUGGUAAAAAAAAGAAUGCUUUGGGGGGUAGAUAUUUGGUUUUGUUGCUGUUGGUGCUUUUAGUCUAGGUGUCAGGCUUAAUGCUUGUUGGUGCUAGUCAAGUUGCUAGGUUUGGUGUUGGGCCAUUAUCUAGGAUGACAUCUGCUAGUGCUUUUUUUAGGCAGCUUCUUCAACUGUUGAUCUCAAUGCUUCUACACUGUCUGUCUUAACAAUGACGCCGUAAACCAAUAUAACGACGAGUUCAAUAUCCUUAGCUGCCUAACUGGCAGGACUAUCAAGGAUCAUCGGUGGUGUCCAGGUCCUGUGAUGGUGAAAUUGCUGGCAGUGGCCGAGGAAUGGGAGCUAGCAGAUGCAUCAACAUACCACUGAUAAUGUGGAGCUUGAAAAUGCUUUUGAGAACUUGUAUCUAGAUAAUGAUGAUGAUGUAAACAUUGGAACUAGAUGACUAUAACUGUUAAGACUAUGAACAUUUUAAAGUUGUGGGUUAUACUCUUUUAUUUGUAGGGUUUUCUCAUGAGGUGUGAGUUUUUACCUAGAAAGAUUUUUUUACGAGGCAACCAUUGCACUAAACAUCU